AUGGUGUUGCAGACGGAGAUGUUCAAGGUGGUGACACAGAAGUUUGUGGUGGAAGCGAAGGUGAUGAAUUUGACGGUCACAACUCUAGUGAAGCCGUUCGACGUGUGUUUUCUGGCUAAGGUGAUUGCGACCACGCGCGUUGGACCGGCGGUUCCCACUAUUGAUUUGGUUUUGCAUAAACAGGAUGUGUUUUGGAGGAUAUUCGGGCCGAAUUCGAUGGUUCGGGUUAAGGCCCAAAAUGUGGAUGUUUGGUGUUUGGGCUUUGUGGAUGGUGGGCUUGAGCCUAUUGUGAUUGGUGGGCAUCAGAUAGAGGAUAAUUUGGUUCAGUUUGAUUUGGCUAGAAAGAGAGUUGGGCUUAGUUCUUCACUGUUGUUUCGGAGCACCAAUUGUGCAAAUUUCGAUUUCACUAGUAGCAAGAGCUAG